GCCCCCAAACGUCCUGCCGCUCUCUCCAAAGUUGCGCUCUCUGUUUCCGCUCGUCUGAUACUUUGUUUUUUCAAAACACCAGACAAACCAUGAGCACGUAACACUUUAUUUUCACAUUUGAAAGAUAUUCUUUAAAUAAACUCUCAGGAUGUCACUCCGAAUCAGGGCAGGAUUUUAUCGUCAGGAUAUAAACAGGACCGUUUGGGACGUACCGGAGAGAUACAGUGAUCUCAUCCAAAUAGGAACCGGAGCGUACGGGACGGUUUGUUCAGCCAAUGACCGUAAGACAGGAGUGCGUGUGGCCAUCAAGAAGCUCCACAGACCAUUUCAGUCCAGACUGUUUGCCAAACGUGCUUACAGAGAACUACGACUCCUCAAGCAUAUGAAACAUGAAAAUGUUAUUGGGCUACUGGAUGUUUUUACAUCAGAAAUCUUGUUGGACAGAUUUCAGGACUUUUACCUGGUGAUGCCGUAUAUGGGCACAGAUCUGGGAAAACUGAUGAAGAUGGAGAGGUUAUCAGAGGACAGGGUUCAGUUUUUGGUCUAUCAGAUAUUGAGGGGACUGAAGUAUAUUCAUUCAGCCGGGAUCAUUCACAGGGAUCUCAAACCAGGAAAUCUUGCAGUGAACCAGGAUUGCGAGCUGAAGAUCCUGGACUUUGGACUUGCACGACAGACAGAUUCCGAAAUGACAGGUUAUGUUGUUACUCGCUGGUACAGAGCACCGGAGGUUAUCCUAAACUGGAUGCAUUACUCACAAACAGUUGACAUCUGGUCGGUGGGCUGCAUCAUGGCAGAGAUGUUACUUGGGAGGCCACUUUUUAAAGGAAAUGACCAUCUGGACCAGCUGAGAGAAAUCAUGAAAAUCACAGGAACGCCAGCGCAGGACUUCAUCACGAAGCUACAAAGCCAAGACGCCAAAAACUACAUCAGAGGUUUACCCAAAGUGCCAAAGAAAGACUUGAGCACAAUUUUCUUUAAAGCCAGUUCAGACGCGGUGAGUGCUUUAGAACGAAUGCUGGUUCUGGAUCCAGAAAGACGCGUCAGUGCUGCAGAAGCUCUUGAGCUCCCACUGUUCACAGAGUUCAGAGAACCUGAGGAGGAGACAGAGGCGCUGCCAUACGAUCACUCCAUGGACAACACAGAGCUUCCUCUGGAUCAAUGGAAACGUCACACAUUUACAGAGAUCCUAUCAUUUCAACCACCCAUCACAGAGAUCAAAGACUCCAAAGAAACAUGUCUAUGAAUGGAUACACACACAUAGAUACACAGACACAAAGAUAAAGACUAAGAGUUGUAUAAGUGAGCACUAUGUGGGCUUCUCUGUGAGAGAAAAUUUUGAACAAAUAUGAGCUUUAAAACUUUUUGAUACAACAUUGCUCAGUAAACAAGACUCUACAUUUAUACAAGCUCAAGGUUCUUAAGUGAUGUAAAUAUGCAAUUUUGUAUUUGGUAUAAAACAAAAACAAUAUACUGAGUACACAACACACUCUUAAAAGUAAAGCUUAAUAAAGGGUUCUUGGUCCGGCAUAAAGAACAUUUAACAUCCACAGAAACUUUUGUUGCACAGAUUAAUAAAAAGUAAGAGACUUAUGUUGUUUUAU